AUGCACAAAUUCCCCAAGGUGCUCCCGUUCAUCCAGGAGACGCUGCGCUGGCGGCCCAUCGUGCCCCUGGGCGCGCCGCACGCCACGACCCAGGAGGACGAGUACCGCGGGUUGCGGAUCCCCGCGGGCGCCACGGUGCUGCCCAACCACUGGGCCAUGGAUCUGGACGACGCCGUCUUCGACGACCCGUUCGCCCUCGCGCCGAUCACUGUUUUUGACACCGGGGAGAGGUACGAGUCGGAUAGUUCGAAGAUGCUCCAGAGUGCGCUGUCAGGUCCCGUUGACCUCAAGGCCUCGGUCUCGGUGCGGUCGUCGUACCGUAAGGAGGUCAUCGAAGAGCUACUCGCGUUAGCCGAGCAGGAUCGAGCCGUGUUCAUGCCACAAGCUCAUGGAGGAGACGAUGCGGAUAUCAAACAUGGGAACUUUCAAAUGUGUGGUACACAGGACUAUACUAUGCUGCACAGAGAAUAG